AUGGGCACCGUCCUGUCGAUUUCGCCAACCUCCAGGAAAGGGGCUAUUCUGGAUGAAAAGACGGAGGGGGGGCAUGCAUCAAAUGCAAAGACGGAGAAAAGCCUGAAACGCCACUCAGUGCUGAUAUCAGCCCUGACAUGGAAACGUUUAGUUGCCGCCUCGGCCAAGAAAAAGAGCGCUAAGAAAGUGAACCCGAACCCCCCGGUGUCUCAGAUCAACAACACCGUAGAUCAGCUAAAUAACGAAAACCUCAAGAAAUCUCAACAGUCUGGUUCGGAGCGCAAAGCGUCGAAACCCGGACCUCUUGCUGUACCAGUUCCCACUGUUCCCGACAAGAGCCUUCGCCCUAAUCAAAAUCAGGGGGGUUCACAGAACGCGAAACAACUUCUUUCGGUCCAGAGAGAACCCAGUAGCCGGUCUCUGAUCUCCCCGAGACGCGUGAUUGUCCAAGCAUCUACUGGGGAACUCCUCCGUUGUUUGAGCGAUUUCAUGUGCAGGAGAUGCUACAAACUCAAAGAGCUCAGCCCCAACGAGAUCAUCCUGUGGUUCCGAAAUGUGGAUCGGUCCUUGCUAAUACAAGGCUGGCAGGACCAAGGUUUCAUCACCCCCGCCAACUUGGUGUUCGUCUAUCUGCUUUGCCGGGAGGCGGUGACCGAAGAUAUCGCCAGCGAGUAUGAGCUUCAGGCCAUUUUUCUGACCUGCCUGUACCUGGCUUACUCCUACAUGGGCAACGAGAUUUCCUACCCACUCAAGCCGUUUCUGGUUGAGACCAACAAGGAGGUCUUUUGGGAGCGAUCACUGCGGAUCAUUGAUAAAAUGAGUGCCAAAAUGCUGCAGAUCAACUCGGACCCGCACUUCUUCACCGAGGUUUUCCAAGACCUCAAAAACGAGGGAGGUCCUAAGGACACUAACGGCAAAUGGACAAACAACCUGGACCGUUAA